CACUUUGCACUAAUACCUCUUCAACUCAUAGCUGGUUUUAUAAAGUCACCGCUGUCUCAAAAGAGACUGACUCAGGACAGCGUGGAGUUGUACUGCGAGGCGAUUGGCAGCCCCAUCCCCGAGAUCCAGUGGUGGUUUGAGGGCAACGACCCAAACGAGACCUAUACCCAGCUCUGGGAUGGCGCAUGGCAGGACCGUGUCAGGAUCAACGCCACCUACAACCUGCACUCCACCAGCACCAUCUCCAUCGCAAACCUCACGGCCGAUGACUCGGGCAUGUACGAGUGCCGGGCCAGCAACGACCCUGACCGCAACCACUUGUCGAAGAGCCCCAAAGUCAAGUGGAUCCGUUCCCAGGCGAACGUUUUUGUCAUCGAACGUGAGUGGCCGCACUCAGGCCUUGGCACUUGCUCGGACACCGGUGUCUGGUUCUCCCGCCGUGCUCACCCCUGCACCCGUGUCCUGUGGCUCCCGAAAGCUCCCCCCACCCUCCCCCCGGCUGUAGAUCGAGAGAUCCUACCCUGUGUCGUCUCCCUCGCCACCCGUGACGUGACCCAACGUGGCCCUGCUCAAAAAGUUGGCUUCCCAACCAAAACGCCCUUCGGCAAUCCCGUGCCUUUUCCGGAGCCAGAGACCUGGAACCCGCCGCUUGUUCCUGCGAGUCCCGAGGCUGUUUGCAGAAUUGAGUCUCGAUUCUGCGCCGACUCAGCCCCGGCCCCGCCAGCCCUUCCCGAGCUCCUGUGACAGCCCCGCUCUGAGCUUUCCUGCUAGCGGGGAGCAAAACCUGCCUCGCAAAACCUGCCUUGAGGUGCAACCGAGUUUGAAAUGGCCGUGUCUGGGUGACACUGGGUGUGAUGUGUUCCAGUUCCCUCCGCUCACGGAGCUGUGAGCCAAACAGGCGUCUGCUUUGGGUGACGGAACCCUGGGCCGGUGUGAGGGGAUUUAACGUCCUGCUGAGGGGAUUUAACAUCCUGCCGAGGUGUUUCCGUGAAUCCCGGGGUUAGCGGAGCAGCGGGAUUCCCGGCACAGACGUGCCAGGGAAUGCAGGACUCCAGCAGAACGUCUGGGCAGGGGGAAGAGCAAAAUUCCUGUGAAUCCCGAGGAGGAGGGAGGACGGGCAGGGCCGCGGUGCCACGGGCUGUGUCGCGGUGCUGCUCGUGGCAGCUGGUUUCUUGGAUUCCCUCCGGCAGUGGAAAUGCCUGAGUCAUCUUCCGUUGCAUAAUUUACUGCUGCUGGGCACAGGGAGGCCCAGGACCUUUUGGAGCCGUGGUUCUGUGUGUUCUCCCUGCAGUAAAUCUCUCUCUAACCUUUGGGGCCGCAUCGGCCGGUGCACGUAUUGCGCAUAUAGAGUCUGGUCGCUGCCUCUCGCACCAGAGGUCAUGGCUUUCAUCAGUGGCAUUACCUGGAGUCUAAAAAGUGGCAUUAUCCGGUGUCUAAAUCGGCUCAGGUUGUGGAAGGUGUUGGCACAGGGGGUGGCUCGCAAAAGCAGAGCCGCGCUCCGCCCUUCGCGGGGCGGCCUUGUCCAUGGCCUAUUGACACCGAGCUCUGCUGCAGGCACUAUGGGGUGAUCCUGCUCGGUGGGAGCCGCUGUGGGCUCAGCACCAGCGGGCGGGAGGUACCGCCAGGUCCUGGUUGGCAAGUCCCGUGCCAGUGCUGCCGGUUUUGGCAGGGAGCUGCUCACGAAGGUAAGUGGGAGCCGCAGCAGAGCGUAGGAGCUGUGCGCUUUGGUGAGCUCUGUGUUCAAGGUUCUCGGGCAGGCGCUCUGAACGCCGGUGCUAACUUCGGCUGCAUUGUUUACCA